AUGGCUCCCGAAUCGUAUCUGCCGCGAAGAAUUGUGGUCUGUGUGGAUGGAACGUGGUUCGACGAGGAUGGCAGGGAAGGUAACUAUUCAUCCACAACGUGGGACCGUGGGCCUGACCAGAGGCGACUGCUGACCGUUGGUUGCAAAGGAUGUGGCCGAGGCAACAACAGCAAUGUGUUCCGGUUGUGGGCUUCAGUGAAGGAGGGCCUUGUUACUGAUGCAAAUGGAAACAACUUUGAUCAGAAAUACUUUCAAGGCAUUGGCGUUGGUGUGAAGCGUUCUAGUGAGAAGCUGAACGCAGGUAUUUAUGGUACGGGUUGCGGUGACAAAAUCUGCGAAGUUUACCAAUAUUGUUGCACCCAAGUCAAGAGCCCAGAUGAUGAGCUUUGGCUCUUUGGUUUUAGCAGAGUGGCCUACAUUGUUCAAGCCGUUGCAAGCCUCAUGCAAUAUGGCGUGACUAAGGAGCAUGAGAACCGUUGGCAAUCCUCCUCCAGCGGUUCAGAGAGGCCCAGAUCGAUUAUCGAAGCCAUAGGUUUGGCAAAAAGAAAACAAAGCUUUGCCAAGUAUUUCCAUGGCGGCAAAGAGUACCGAGUCAAAUCCGAGAUGAACGAGGCCCCGGUGAUCAAAUUCUUGGGUCUUUUCGACACGGUGCAAAUGUCCUUGGACACGGGAGACGUGGAUGUCUCCCAAACCAGGUCUAUCAAAGCAAUCCGUCACGCCUUAGCCCUUAACGAAGAGCGCAGGCCUCUAUCUCCAUCUUUAUAUGACUGUACAGACACUAAUAGCGACAAUGAAACGUCAAUAGUGCAAGCCUGGUUUGUCGGCACGCAUGGGGAUAUUGGAGGAGGCACAGAGUACGACGGCCUCUCACUGUACCCGCUGCAGUGGAUGCUGCUCGAGAGCAAGCUGUAUGGACUGGUCCUCGAGCACAACAGCGACGGCAGGCUCAAGGGUUUAAUUGAGGACCCUCUCAAGUUGGUGUUCCCGCCUACGCCAUUCUCUUUCCGAGACCCUGAUACGGAGCGUGCUUCUGGCUCCGACCAACCUGUGCCGUGGAUAUUCAAGUACUCAAACGGGCUCGAGAUUUCCAUGCAGGAUAUGCGUCCGUCGCAUAACCAUGGUAAUCUGCAGACGGUAAUAAGACACAAGCUGCAGAAACGGAACAAGAGGAGAAAGGGUGAAGAAUCGAACAAGGAAACAGCUCACCGCCCACGUCACUUUGUCCGCCUUAAUACCGACCUAUGGGGCAAGGUUGCAAACCACAUAGGCUUAGGGAAGCGCGAAGUGUUCCAGAAUGACUCAAAAGAACUCAAGGGAUACAGCAAAAGUGCACGGAAUUGCACUGUGAUCCACCCGUCGACUUAUUUCUUGCUCGAGACUUGCUCCUCCCUAGGCAUCGGAAAAGCCUUGGCUCAUCUCAAACCGCAGCUGGAGAAGUUUCGUGAUGAAACAAUGGAGUACGGAGGUAACGGGCAUCCUUGGCUAAGAGACUAUCUUCAGGUCAAGACACCCACCUUGUCAACAUUUCGCAUCCUGAUUUGCGGCAACGCGGGUGUUGGCAAGUCAACGCUUCUCAACCGGGUAUUUGGCACAGACAUGACCACCGAAUCUCACAAUGAGCUGGGCCGGCACAACAUCGAGGAGGCUUUCGAAUCAGAUCAACAUCCAGGACUUCUGGUCCAUGACUCCGAGGGUUUUCAGACCGGAACGGAUAGAGAACUCCUCGCUUUCAAGAAGUUCCUUAAACGGAGGUCGUCGGCUUCUGACCCAGAGGAGCAGCUUCAUGCCAUCUGGAUUUGCCUCGAGUCUCACAACUCACGACCGGUCCAGCACGCCAUGGUGGUUCUGCUCAGAGCCAUCAGCGAGGAAGCGCCAUCGCUUCCAAUCGUCGUUGUAGGAACAAAAGCAGACAUCCUCCUCAAGAUCAACGACCAUUCUACUCAGAUAAGAGAACAAAAGAAGAGAGAGUUCCAGCACGCUUUCGAGACUAAUGCAGAGACCGCGCUCUUCUGGGAUAAGCUGAAAACCGACUUCACAUUUGUCUCAUACAAUGACCCGGAAUCGACACUCAAGCUGAUUCAGAUGACAAUGACAUCCGUCAUAGACCCCGUCAUCUCCGAAACGAUGUGCGCGGUCCAGAUCCAGGAUGUGGACGCCAAGAUCGACCAAGCCAUCGAGAAGACGAUCAGGCUGCUCCGGAUCGCCGUCACCAACGUCUCCGCGGGGUGGGAGGUGGUGAUCGCCGGCCUGAUCGGCACGCCGACGAUAUCGCGCGUCCUCUGCAACCACAUCGUCUUCGGGUGCUACGGCCUGCCCGCAUCCUACAGCCUCGAGGCGGAGGCCAUCCUCAGCAGGAUCGUGUGGUCAAACCUGGUCCGCUACAUGGGCCACGCCUGGGUCAACAUCUGCGUCUUCCCGCUGGGCACGACGCUGAUGCUCGAGGCGCCCGCCGCCGCCAGGAUGGUCCUCAAGUGCGCCUGCGACCUCGUCAUCAUCCUGGACAAAGGCUUCCGCGACCACGGGGGGGCCCCGACGAUGGAGAGCCUGAGGCGGAUAUCCAGGCACUACGCGAGGAACAAGGUCCAGGUGGCGAACCGCGACGGGAGCCUGACCUGCAAGUCCCGCAGGGGGCUCGUGCACGCCGAGGUCAACGAGAUCUUCCCGAUUCACUCUGGCCUUGCGCUCACGGUCAAGGUGCAUACCACGAAGCGGAUCUCGGCUAUCAGAGACGGGUGCAGGGAAAUCAUUUACAGGCAUGGGUUUCAGAAAGAAAAGGAUUUGGCAGCCAGUUUGAGUACGCUUUCCUUGUCGUCUUCUUCGGAGGCCGUCACAGAUGACAGCAGCCCAGGCACCGACAGAUCCUCCGCGCUUAUCCCGGUGGAGUUGGAUGAGGACAAGGAGGAUAUUGAGGCAUAUGAGUUCCGGAAUGGGGAGACACCGCCUAGUCCGUAG